AUGUUCCAUACACAACCAACCGGUUUCUACGGCCAACUCGUGACUCAGCCGCCACCUCCCCCUCAUCCCAUCGCCGGCGUUUUUGCUGUCAAUGAGGUUUCCUACGCAUUUGGCCAACAGCAGUCAGCCGCACUCCCACCUAUUCAGUCCCUGCCAGUCACAGAGGCUGCAGCAGUGACGGUGAAGCCUGAUGGAAGCCUACCGGAGGCUGAAACCUGCUGUAGAUGUCGUGGGCUUGCUACAACAGAAGAGCCCUUCCUAGUCUGCAAGGAAUGUGGCAUUCAAGUUCCCACUACCUCCGGGAUAUCCUGCUCAGAAUCCACUAUCGUUUCGGGACCAGAUGUUGAGGAUUAUGGUUUCUCAAUCAACUCCAAGAUUAGGACAGACUCACUCUCAAUCUUGGUCUCAACCUCUCCAUACGACCCGUCAAAGCGAUCAAUCUACCCCACUCAACUUUUCUUGCUCCUCCUCUGCAACCCACGGAAGAAGUUUACCGUCCACAACCUCUUCAAAAUUGGCUAG